GGGAGCUUUAAGAUCUGAUUGGCUUCACACACCACAAAAAAAAAGGGAAAAAAAAGAAACGUGCGCUCCGUGCUCGCAUUGUUUGGGUGAAAUGCCGGCUUUGCAAACUAUUCGAGGUGCACUUGGCGGAACCUUUGGUGCGGUUGUGGAAGCCCGUCAUUGUUCUCUUGUGUUAGCUGCUCAAGGAGUUAAAGAAAACUUUUUUUUUGGGAGUCUCGGAAUGCCUGAAAGGACGUGUAUGUACGUGAAAACGAGUUUAGGGGGAGGAGAAGGAAUUUGAGGACCUGGGCGGACAAGCGAGAAAGAGAGAGAGAGAGAGCGAGCGAGCGACUCCCCUCCGGUGUGAAGAGCGCUGCGGGACUCGAGCGGCACUCACGUCUGAAUGCGGACAGCUGAGGAGAGCUGCCGUGCCACGGUAGGCCUCACGGCUUUGGCUGAAGAUGCGUUGCAGGAGGAAGUCCACUGUGACUGUCAUUUUCCUUCUAACCCUGGCCUUAAUCACGAUUGGCAACUUCCCUUCCCUUCCACCAGAACAAUAUACCGUCUUGAACUUGGAACCCCAUGGAGAUCAACCAUGGCUAAGGGGAAGCGUGAAGAAGAGGGUCCAGAGUCGGCUUCAGAAGUUUGACCACCGACAUUUCAAAGCCGUGAAGUUGGAUGAAGCCGCCAGACGAAUCUCAGAUGAGAACUUUCAACCCAAAAUAAAGGGCGGCCAGAGGAAAACUCCCAAGGAUACCCCUGGUAGCAACGCAGAGAAGUCCAGUAGAGACCUUAAAAAGCAGGUUAAGCCCCGAAAGCCUCAUAAAGGUCCGGUCCACCAGCUGUCUUUAUCAAAAGUGCGGGAUGACCCUCUGCUUAGCCAGAAAGUGGCAAAAGAUCAAAGAUUCACAACUAGUGGAGAGGUCACGAAGAUACGUCUUCUGAGAAGUCUUGCAGGAGAUCAGGGUGUUAGUCAAGACAGGGCCAAAUGGGAUUCUAAUCCCUCAAAAAAUGAAUCCAAUGCCCCCUAUGGGGGCGGCGCGUAUCGUAUGGAGAAACCAAAGCUACGGCUAUCUUUGAGGUGCAAGGAGACCAGAGAGGAUCUGUCCAAGAUGGAUCCCAGGGAGAGCAUUAGGAUUGGCAAAGAGCCUCCACCUUGGCUCAGUCUAGAUGACGUCAAGAAAAUGAAACUACUGGCCACCGCCGACGUUGUUGGGAAAGCUAGAGUGCCCGCCCAUGGACAGUUACUUAAAGUGGGUUUUGGGAAGGAGUUGUCCAAGUCACCAGAACAUGUUGACAGUAACUGUGCCCGAGGCCUGUGUGGCCUAAUCAAGCGCCCUGAAGACUGGUUUGAAGUUUUUGCUUUUCACCUGGACAGGGUUUUGGGUCUGAACAGGAGUCUGCCCAGCGUCAUGCGGAACUUUCACAGCGAAAUUCUGCCCUACAAGUUCACGAGGGGGCCAGCAAGGCCAGUAGUGUGGUGGGACCCGACCAUUCAGCACUUGACCGACGUGAACAAUGAUCAGAACUCCUUCCCCCUCACAUGGCUGCAGUACCAGGAGCUGCUCAAGAGGAGGUGCAACGUCACAGGCGACCCCCAGCCCUCUCCGCCUUGUGUGGGGGUCCGACACUCCGAGUGGGGCAGACUUGCUGUGUUUGAUUUCCUGCUACAGGUGAACGAUCGUCUGGACCGCUACUGCUGUGGAUUCAAGCCGGACCCCUCAGAGCCCUGCGUCGAGGAGAAACUCCACGAAAAGUGUCGAAACCCCAAAGAGCUGGUGUUGGUGCACAUUCUGGUCAGGACGUCGGACCCAGUUCAACUGGUCUUUAUCGACAAUGCGGGCAGACCACAGCACCCGGAAGAUAAUCUCAACUUUCGCAUUUUAGAAGGAAUUGAUGAAGUUCCUCAGACGGCAGUUUCUGUGCUCCGAUCGGGAUGCUUGGAGAGCAGGCUCCUCCAGUCUCUCUACACGGACAAGAUCUUCUGGGAAAGUCAAGGACAAACGCCUGGGAUCAAACGCCUCAUCAACACCAUCGAGCGAAGAGGAAAGCUCCUGCUGAAAUACGUGCGCGACCACAAGCUUAAACUCGGCCUGGACCGCUAGUCUGUUGGACCACCUCUGUGGCCUGGCGCUCGAGUUCACCGCCUGGACAAGAUGGGUCUCUCCACGCUCACCUUGCAGGUCGUCACCUACGCUUUUGUCAAGUGGGGGUGUACGGUUUGCAGGAGUCACAGUCGUGGCCCCUUGAGGUGUGGAAUGAAAUUGGUUUUGGAAGUGAAUGAGCCUCCUGGAGGGAAGCUACAAGGUGGUGUGACGCUCCUUCAUUCAGGUUAUGGUGGACGUCUUAUUAGCGGUGCUACAUGAUUAACGUUGUCGUAAGUGUACUUUGUGCUGAGUCCCGUCUUUUGUAGCGUUGUCCUGUUUACAUGGUCUGUGUGUUUAUGUGAAAUAUGGUCCCCUGGAAACAAAGGGGGGGAAGGAUAACACCGUGAAACCGUGGUCCCUCAUGAUAAUUUGUCCUGUCAAUCCCAUCAUCUGCAUGCAGGCCAUUUACUAUUUAAACAGGAGGACAACAAAAUUUGUAAAAAUUCCCAUUUUACUAUACCGACGCUUCAUUGCAGAGCCAGGAGAAAGCGGUGAUCCAGAUCACUGACGCCUUCUUCUGCUUGCCACUUUCAACACCUGACAACGGAAAACCUCGGGAUUCUGGACUGCGCCGACGCACAGAGGAUAAGCACGGUGAGACUGUGUCUUGAUGGCUUGCACCUCUCGCCAAACAACAUUUUCAUCCGUAUAUAAUUGCUGAACAAGGCUCACAAACGUUAUUCAUCUUCCGUUUAAUUUUCUGGACUUCUAUGUGCAUUUCGUGUUUUGAGUGUGUCUCACUGAUUUUGUGUUCAGUGUGGGGUCAAGGGAAGGUUCGUGUAGUACAGGUGCUGGUCAUAAAAUUAGAAUAUCAUGACACAGUUGAUUUAUUUCAGUAAUUCAAUUC